GUCGGAUUUGUACACUACAGGCAAUGGGCAAAUGCUGCAGACGCAACGGGAGACUGCUGUGCAUGUGCCUGCUGCCUUGCAUGAUGACCGGCCACCUUCUGGUUUAUAUAUUGGUGUCCAUAUUCGUCACAAUCUCCUACACUCCUCCGAAAAUAACCGUCCACUAUAUUGCCCCGGGGAUUUCUGCUAACUCCUCUGCGUUGGCCUCUCACCCACUUAGCCCUUUCUGGAACCUUCGACUGGAGGACAGUGCACUGUGGAACCAGUUGCAGCAUGCUUGGGACCGUCAGCACAAUCCAAUACUGAGAGGAAACACAACUGGCAUACUGAGGAAGCCAAAAGCUCAGUUUUUAUCAGAAAUCGAAGAUGAAUGCCUUUCUGACUGCAUGUCUCACAAGUGUUCAGUCCCUCGCAUGCAAGAUUUAAACAGCUUGCCGGAUCAAAUGAAGGCAUUCAUCAAGUCAAUGCACUGCAGGGAGUACCCCCUCCUUAUCAAUCAACCUGGUAUGUGUAGGAGGAACAAUAGCAGCUUUGGUCUGGAUUCUCCCAUGCUCAUCAUGGCCAUCAAAUCUCAAGUGGGAAACUUUGAAAACAGACAGGCCAUCCGUGAAACUUGGGGACGCAGUGGGCUGGUGAAGGGUGCAUCCAGUAAGAAAGGCGGAUUAGUGCGCACAGUGUUUCUGCUUGGAAGACAGGACUCAAGCACGGGUCCUCACCCAGACCUAAAAAACCUCCUGGAGCUUGAAAACCAGAAAUACGGGGAUAUCCUGCAGUGGGAUUUCAGAGACACUUUCUUUAACUUGACCCUAAAGGAUCUGGUGUUCUGGCAUUGGCUCCAGGAAUACUGCCCCACUGCCAACUUUGUGUUCAAAGGGGAUGACGAUGUCUUUGUUCGAACAGAUGCCCUUCUGGAUUACCUGCACAAGCAGUGGGAGGAGCACAACCUGUGGAGAGCCUAUACAAAUGAAACUAACAUGGAUUUGUUUGUGGGGGAUCUAAUCAAUAACGCAAUGCCAAACCGUGAGCCAUCCACUAAAUACUACAUACCAGAACGUUUCUACAAAGGCGCGUACCCGCCGUACGCUGGUGGAGGAGGGGUGGUGUAUUCUGGCUCACUAGCGUUACGUUUGAAAGAGGUGUCUGAGAGAGUGCGCCUCUUCCCAAUAGACGAUGUGUAUCUGGGCAUGUGCCUGCACAGACUCGGGCUCUCUCCAAUCCACCACCCGGGAUUUUUAACAUUUGAUCUCCCAGAGACAGACAGGGGCAAUACCUGUGCUUACAAGUCUGUUCUGCUCGUUCACAGACGGAGUCCCAAGGAGAUGCUGACACUAUGGAAGCAGCUCCAGAAUCUGCCCAGUCAAUGCUGAGGCUCAUUUGCCUGCCAAAUAGGAUACAUUGAGCACCACUGCGCUCAUUUGGAAAACGUGUGCAUCUUUGUGACUUCAUCUUCAUGUCAAGCAGGCGGUACCUUAUGAAGGUCAUAUACAAAGUACUGUACCUUUCUUCCGAUGAGUUUGUAACACUGAGGAGAACACUGAUCUACCUCAAAGGUACUUUUAUUAUGAGGGGAUCACACAG